AUGACAGGCGGUCCGUGUCACAGUGAUAUGUAUGGACCUGCAGAUGCGCUGUAUGCUCCAUUGUCGGCAGACCGUAUCUAUGCAGAGCCCUUCGGAGGGGAAGGAUACGGGCAAGUGCGGCUUGUUCCCCACGCGUGGCCAGACGCCAGUCAGGAAGACGAGUAUUUCGAGGGUGAUCCGAAUGAUCCCCAGCAAGAGCACUUCCAGCUGGGCGAUGAGGCUGCCAACGUGAAUGGGUCUUGGCGAACUCCAUGGGAGGACACUGAGGGCAACACCGAAAUGCAGUUCCUGGCCUUACUGGAGUCCUUAGAAACUCGUGUGGACUUAAUGUCGCAGAUGCAGCAGACCAGGGCUGCGAUUCAGCAGCAAGCAUCAAAUGCUCAAAGGGGAUUGCAGCACGACCACUCUGACCCAGAGCCGGAGCCCGACGUGUGGGAGAAGAUCAAGGACCAGGAUGGUCACAUCUGCCGACUGAGUGAGGAAGUCACCGGUCUCCGCGAAAGGCUGCAGGGCUCGCUUGCGAUGAACGCUGCUCUGCAACAUGCUGACCGUGUGGCCUCCGUUCUGCAGGCCUCGUCUCCUGAGCAGAGCAACAACUUGCUUUCACCUUUUCCUCUCAAGGAGCCGAGCGUGCUCCUCCCAUUCUGUCCAAAGGCUAGUGGGAUCAACUUGGAGAUUUCAGAGGACGGCUACACAGCCACACGGUUCCGUGGUUGCAGGCAGUCUGUGGCUGUGGGUACCGGCCCGGUGCCUCUCCAAGAGCACGGCCGUUACUUCGAGGUCACGGUGGAAGACACUGUUCCUGGCUGGGUUGGAGGUUUGGGCAUUGGAGUUACGUCCUCGACUCCACAGGGCCUGAAGCGGGUUCCCGAUAAGGCAUGGCGCAUCCCGAAGACCAUGGUCAUUGGCUACUGGGGCUGCGUUUUCCUUGACGGCUGCGAGCAAAGGACCGCGUGGCGUGCUGACAGUCUUCACCCCGGAGCACGUGUUGGCUUCUUGGUAACGCGUGGUGGAGAUCUUCUGAUCUUCGUGGAUGGUGAGGCAGUUGUGAGAGUCGACGGUGCCGUAGAAUCCCAAAAGGAGCCCCUCUACCCAGUCGUGGACGUCUUCGCAGCGACUCGGGUGGUGUCAAUGUCACCGAGUGCUCGCCCUCCUACCAAGUCCUGGACAUCCCUCCAUGCGCCCAUUUCUGCAGCUGCAGUGAGAAAAACUGCAGAGGCGACGCCAAACGGAAUCGCAGCUAGAAAUUGA